AUGGCAACCUUUUUCGAGGAGAUGUGGAACUCUAUUUUCACCCCGGGCACCACGCCCACCCUUCUGCUUGCGACCAACGUCACCUUUGCCGCCUUGCAGGUGGUCCUGUUUGGCCUACUCCUUGCGACAUACAGCAUCCACUUUGUGAUCUUGUCAUUCAUCAGUGGAGGACUGUGGGGUGCCAUCAACUGGUUUGCGACCGAGCUGAAGAAGGAGCAGGCCAAGGAAGCUGAGAGAAAGGCGCAAGAAGAGGCAAUGGCAAGACAGAAUGCUGAUGACAGUGACGACACAGAGGUGGAGCCGGUACAAUCCAAGUCAAAGCCAUCAAUCGCUCCCGUCACGGCCAGCAAAGAGGUGGAAGUGAUUGAGCCGCAAGGCGAGCUGAAGCAAAGACUGGAUGCUGCGCCUGGCUACAAGUCGGGCGUGAGCACCGAGGAUGAAUGGGAGAAGGUUUCCGAGAACGAGAUGGACAAGGACAAAUGA